CACCUCGCGGCGGUUGGCUAACGUGGAAGUCUAAUCAGCCGGCCGGCGGGGCAGCCGGGGCUGUGCUACCUGGGGUCUUGUGCGCGGUGGCAGCCGUGGUCUUGGCGGCGCGGCUCGGCCUUUCUGGGGGGCAGUGAUGGGGCGCACGGGCGCCGGACAGCGGCCGCCGGUGUAGCCCGCGCGGUGCCCGGCCCGGAGCGAGGCGGCCGCGGCGGGCGCGGGAGGCCUGUGAGGGCCGCUGCCCCGGGAGCCCGGCCUGCCGCGCUAUGGCUCCUAUGGGCAUCCGCCUGUCCCCGCUGGGGGUGGCCGUGUUCUGCCUGCUGGGGCUCGGCGUGCUCUACCACCUCUACUCCGGCUUCCUGGCCGGCCGCUUUAGCCUCUUCGGUCUGGGCGGCGAGCCGAGCGGGGGCGCGGCGGGGCCCGUGGCCGUGGCCGUGGCCGUGGCCGACGGGGGGACCGUGGACCUGCGCGAGAUGCUGGCCGUGUCCGUGCUGGCCGCCGUCCGCGGAGGCGACGAGGUGAGGCGCGUCCGCGAGAGCAAUGUCCUCCACGAGAAGUCCAAGGGGAAGACGCGGGAGGGAGCCGAGGACAAGAUGACCAGAGGCGACGUACUGUCCAACCGCAAGAUGUUCUACCUGCUCAAGACCGCCUUCCCCAGCGUGCAGAUAAAUACUGAGGAACAUGUGGAUGCGGCUGACCAGGAGGUUAUCUUGUGGGAUCGUAGGAUUCCUGACGAUAUCCUGAAGGAGGUAACUGCCCCUAAAGAGGUGCCAGCAGAAAGCGUGACUGUCUGGAUCGACCCGCUAGAUGCCACACAAGAAUACACAGAGGAUCUUCGAAAGUAUGUCACUACGAUGGUAUGUGUGGCCGUAAAUGGUAAACCUGUGCUAGGAGUCAUCCAUAAGCCAUUUUCUGAAUAUACAGCUUGGGCCAUGGUGGAUGGUGGUUCAAACGUGAAAGCCCGUUCUUCCUACAAUGACAAGACCCCAAAGAUCGUUGUGUCUCGUUCCCAUUCAGGGAUGGUUAAACAGGUUGCUCUUCAGACUUUUGGAAACCAGACUACGAUCAUCCCCGCUGGUGGUGCUGGUUACAAAGUCUUAGCACUCUUGGAUGUGCCUGAUAAGAGUCAAGAAAAAGCUGACCUGUAUAUCCAUGUGACAUACAUCAAGAAGUGGGAUAUAUGUGCUGGCAAUGCCAUCUUAAAAGCCCUUGGGGGGCAUAUGACUACCCUGAGUGGUGAAGAAAUCAGUUAUACAGGUUCAGAUGGCAUUGAAGGAGGACUCCUCGCUAGCAUCAGAAUGAACCACCAGGCUUUGGUCAGAAAACUCCCAGAUCUAGAAAAGAUAGGUCAUAAGUAAGCGUGCCUGAUCACAGGGUGCCGUUCUUCGAGAGCUGAAAUGGUUAGGCUGAAGUGCUGGAAGCUUCAAAGGAUUGGUGGGACUGCAUGGUUAACACCAUCCCAAACUUUUUAAAGUAUUUAUGAAGCAUCAGAGACUUAUUUUCCCUGUAAUAGGAUGCAAGAUCUGGGAAAUGGGUUGCUUCGUGUCUUGAGUAUUGUCUUUAUUUUUGAGACUAUUUUCGUACAGUUGUCAUACACAAGGCGCAUAUACAUUUGUGAAUUAAAAUCUACGGCCACAUCUACACUGUUAGGAGUCACCAUUUUCACACAACAUCAUGAAUUUUCACUAUUUGUUAAUGCUUUCAUAUAGAAUUGGACUGAAGGAAAGAUUGAUUUUGUGUAAAUAUUUAAUACAACUUUAUAGUUAUAUCUCAUUGAAAAUUAAGUAAUUGGGAAUUUUUGCCUUUAAGUUGGAUAGAAAGCACAAGAAGUCACACAUUUAUUAAUAUGCAACACAUGUUGUAUUUAUGUUACUGAAUAGUCUAUGGAUUAAAAUAGAAAAGGCUUAAAUUGAUGUUUUCUUUGAAAAUUUAAUACAGGUUCACCAGCUAGUGGAAAAUAUAAGCAUAUGACGAGUUUUCAUUGUAAUCAUAAUUUCUCCGUGUGUCUGUGUAUGUGUGUGUAUUUUGUUCUUAUAAAGAGCGUGUGUGUGUGCCCAUGAGUUUAGCAUUUCUGCCAUCCUGUUGUUGUUUUUCGUUUUCCAUAUGGAAGAAGAAUGGUUCUGUCCUUUCUCCUCUGACCAAUAAACCAAACUUUAACUUGUAAAGUUUGGUUUAAGGUUUCAGAUUAGCAUGUAUGAUUUCUGAUACAUUUUCUUUUGGGGGAUAAAAUAUGAUAUAAAGCCCUCAAAGAAUAUAAAUGAUUCUAUUAUAAUUGAAAGUUACUUGAAAUUACAUGAAUUGAACAAGCUUUUAUUAUUUUCCAAAACUUUGUUUUGGUAAUUUUUUUUUUAAUGUCCCAGGUUUGUGUAUAGCAGUUUCUCAUUAUCAGGAACGAGUCCCGUUGCUUUUGCCCUGAUUGCUUUUACUAUUAAUAAAUAUGUCUGACCU